CCAGCAUGCUGCAACUAUCAAAACGUACUCCAACUUCUCAUAUCACCCGUCAUGAAGGCCUUUGAAAACAAAUGCGCGAUAAGCACCUCGUCAUUAGGUCUUCAUCCUUCGCAUUCUCUCGACCGCAAGAUCCACGCCGCCGCCAGCCAUGGCUUCAAAGGCAUCGAAAUCGUACACGUCGACCUCAAAGAUUUCAGUACAUCUCGGAGAUUACACAUAGAAUCAGGUGCAGACCAAAUCCGCCAAUUGUGUCGGGAGAAGGGACUCGAAAUACUUUCGCUAUGUCCAUUUGAGAAUUUCGAAGGCCACAAAUCGCCCCUUGAGGAACGCCUUAACGUAGCAGCCGACUGGAUCAAGAUCUCACGUAUCUUGGGUGCGACUUACCUGCAAGUACCUGCGCAGUUUAGUAAAGAUGCCGUUCACGAUGAAGCUCUCAUCGUAUCCGAGCUGCAACAGCUGGCAGACUUGGGCAGCGCCGCUGCACCGGUCAUUUCCAUCGCGUAUGAGCCGAUGUCUUGGUCAGUCUGCUAUUCUACAUGGCAAGACUCCCUCCGCCUCGCGAAUCUUGUAAAUCGAUCCAACUUCGGCAUUUGCCUCGACACAUUUCACGUAGCGAGCAAGAUUUGGGGGAACCCGUAUGACACCAGCGGGAAGUACCCAGAUGCAGACGAGAUUCUGGCCAACUCACUUCGCGACUUUGUACAGGACUUUCUGCUGGAAAAGCUGUUCUACGUUCAACUCUCGGACGGAGAGCGUUUCCAUCCACCUUUCUCAGACAAGCAUCCGUGGUACAUUGAAGGAGAGGCGGCUGAAUUCACGUGGUCGAAACAUGCCCGACCGUUUCCUCUGGAGGCAGCGCUUGGCGGAUGUAUGCCGGUAAAAGAGAUGGUGCAGGCAUGGGUCUUGGAAAAGGGCUUUCGAGGGUGGGUGUCUCUCGAGAGCUUUGAUCGACGAAUGCGUGAUAGGUCUGUUGACCCAGAGCAUUGUGCCGCGAGGGCGGAAAACUCGAUGCAAAGGCUUCACGAGACGCUUUGUUCGGGUAAGAGUAGCCUGUAGCUACGAGGGGAGGGGUCUGAUGUUGAAUGAAAAGAGAUGUGCGGCAUCUUCUGACAGGGACACGCAGAGCAGGCCUCUUAUCUAAGUAUAUUCCAGGUAAUGGAAUGAGAAUCUAAGGGGUUCCCUGCGUAAAAUACACCCAAGCUUGCUUGCUUGCUUUACCCUAGCAACCCUGCAGCAUCUAGAAAUCUGAGGACUUUAGGCUCCAUGUUUCUUGUAAAGCUGUGGCGAUGCGUCCGGUAUGAAGCACUGCGCAGCAAGAUAGGAAGUUCUCAACUAUGGUAAAGAAAUUAACUCUUCUUCCUCUUUUGUUUCAUCUAUUAUACGAC